CUUUCGCGCGAAUCUAAAUAAAAUCGAAAGCGUCGGUUAAAAGUGAAUUAAUUCUAAUAUUGAUAAAAAAACCUUUCAGAUUUUAUAUAUAGAAACAAUGGCUUUCUUUUUUAACAACAAAUGUCAAUACAGCGGUUGUGGUGAAAAGUUCGGUAGUCUGGCUGAAUUGAUUCAGCAUGUAGAACGUGUUCAUGUUGUAAUUAAUGAAAAUGAGGAAGUCUCUAAAAGUGAAAUGAUGGUGCCCUUGAGCAAAAUAUUGCCUAACAAUAUCCAUGACGUGAUGAUGCGUCCUCCGGUUCAUCGCAUCAACCGUGGACCACGUCUCCGCCCACCAGUGGCUGCACUAAAAAACAUUAAUUGUGGACGUGCAAUUCAGAUGAUGAAUGGAAUUGGUGCUGCCUCCUCAUUGCAGUCUGCGUUGGCUACUGAUAAUGUUGGUAUUUCUGUUAAUCAAAGUAAUUAUAUACGUCAAUUUCAGUUGUUGAAUGCAAUUGGAAGUAAUGGUGCUGGUCCGUCAUUGCAGUUCGUGUUAACACCUACUAUUGUUAAUAGUAGUGCAAUUUCACCAUUUCAGGUACCAAUGGUUUCCACAAAAAGCAAUAAUUGUGUUCCACCGUCUAAGUCUGUUGUUAUACAAGCAAAGCACGGUGCAAUUCCCAAAGCGCGAAUGCAGUCAAUGGGACUAGGUGGUAAUCGUGAUGUUGAAUUACCAAAUGACGAUGACAUACCAUCGUCAUCAUCAAAGGUUAAGGAAAAAAAUAAUAGUUCUAAAAUGUCUUCUCUAACGAAGAGGAUGUCAUCUAUUAACUUUAAUGCUGUGCCAUCCAUGGCAAAGACAAAUGAUGCUUCAACACAACCAACCUCUACAUCACCUCCUCCAAAAUUUAACGAUACUACUCAUAUUGCCUUGAGUGGUUUGACUCCGGAUGAGAUUGUCCAAAACUCGGUUCUAAGAGCAGAUCACUCGAAAUUAAAGCCAUUUCCUUGUCCCAUUCGUGGUUGCAAGAAAAGGUAUAAAAAUUUAAACGGAAUUAAGUAUCACGCAGAAUCUUAUGAAAGGGAGUUGGAAAAAAAUAGAAUUGACCAUAAAUCGAAUUAAUAACAACAGGCUGCAA